AUGGUCAACUUGGCCCGGUUAGUUGCCAGCGCCACUCACCUCAUCGAGAGUGAGGUGGAGGCGCAGCGAAGCAACGACUUACAUGCAGCCUCCGCGAUCAAGCCAGUCUGCACAGAGCCCUACUGCGGCGGCUUCUGGUGGGCCCAGCGGCCCAAGAGUCCCAAGAUCGAGCUCGCAGAGGAGAAGGAGAAGGAGCGCGAGCCAGUCCCGGUGGACUUCCCAGACGUCUCCUUCUAUCCGGCCUUUGAUCCACCCAUCGCUUCGCAAGUCCAACUGCAGCGGGCCAACCGCGGAUACUACGACCGGUGGAACGUGCCCAACGCCAUCACUCUGACCAUCGACUCCAUGCGCGACUUGAAGUUCUUCGUGCACGAAGUGCUCAACAACUUCAUGCGCGUGCAGGAGGACGCGGGACUUGGCCAUCCAGAACGGGUUGUACGCCAAGGCUUACAGCUGAUCAGCUGGAAGCCUGCCGGCGGCAGGCUGCAUGUCACGCCUUUCCUCGGCAGCAAGCGCGAGAUAAUGACAUCCUCCUUGCCCAUUCGCCUUACUUUUGGUGGCAAGCCGACGACGCCAAAAGAAGGAGGGUUGGAGCCUGAAGUCCCGGAUGCACCAGACUACGGUCGGUACCUGCGAGAAGAGGACUUGCCACAGCAGCCCAUCGUCAUGCCGGUGAAGCGCCUGGACUUUGUGCUCCAUCGCCGGCAAACAGAUCACCACCCGAUGUUCGAAGAGCCGCCAGUGCCGGAAGAGGUGAAGCUGGAGCGGGAGCUAGUCGCAAUCCACACCAGUGACACGGCGAACUCCCCUCGUCCAGGAGCGAACGCGAGGGCAACCCAGGCUGGCCUCUCGCAGGCGAGGUGA